GUUAGUUAUCUGGGCUCUCUCGGAGCAAAGCCCUCAGUGGAGACUCGAAGGCUCUUUGAAGGAAAUCGUUCUUCUUGUGAAUGUAACACACACUCUCUCCAGUUUCCAUAUGCUGAGGUUAUACUUCUUCAUCAGUUUGAUGUGCUUGGUGAGAUCAGACACAGAAGAAACAUGUCCUUCAUUCACCAGACUGAGCUUUCAUAGUGCGGUGGUUGGUACGGGACUAAAUGUGAAGUUGUUGCUUUACACAAGGAGAAAUCUGACCUGUGCACAAAUCAUCAACUCCACAGCUUUGGGGAACUUGAACGUGACCAAGAAAACCACCUUCAUCAUCCAUGGAUUCAGGCCGACAGGCUCCCCUCCAGUUUGGAUGGGGGACUUAGUAGAGAGUUUGCUGUCUGUAGAAGACAUGAAUGUGGUCGUUGUUGACUGGAAUCGAGGAGCUACAACUAUAAUAUACCCCCACGCCUCUAGUAAUACCAGAAAAGUAGCAAUAAUCUUGAAGGAAUUUAUCGACCAGAUGUUGGCAGCAGGAGCUUCUCUUGAUGACAUUUACAUGAUUGGAGUAAGCCUAGGAGCCCACAUAUCCGGGUUUGUUGGAGAGAUGUACGGUGGGCAGCUGGGGAGAAUUACAGGUCUCGACCCUGCGGGCCCUUUAUUCAAUGGGAGACCUCUGGAGGACAGAUUAGAUCCCAGUGAUGCACAGUUUGUUGACGUCAUCCAUUCUGACAUUGACGCUCUGGGCUACAAGGAACCAUUAGGAAACAUAGACUUCUACCCAAAUGGAGGAUUGGAUCAACCUGGUUGCCCCAAAACAAUAUUUGGAGGACUGCAGUAUUUUAAGUGUGACCACCAGAGGUCCGUGUACCUGUACCUUUCUUCCCUGAGAGAGAACUGUGCUAUCACUGCAUAUCCCUGUGACUCCUACCGGGAUUACAGGAAUGGCAAGUGUGUCAAGUGUGACAUGCCACAAAAGGAGUCCUGUCCACUUCUGGGCUAUUAUGCUGAUAAUUGGAAAGACUAUUUAAGGGAGCAAGAUCCUCCUAUGACGAAAGCAUUCUUUGACACUGCUGAGGAGAAACCGUUCUGCAUAUAUCAUUACUUUGUGGAUAUUAUAACUUGGAACAAGAACAUAAGAAGAGGGUCCAUUACAAUCAAACUGAAAGACAAAGCUGGAAACACUACAGAAUCCAAAAUCGAUCAUGAACCCGCAACAUUUCAGAAAUACCACCAAGUGAGUCUGCUUGCAAGAUUUGAUCAAGAUCUGGAUAAAGUGGCAGCCAUUUCCUUGGUGUUCUCUACAGGAUCUAUAAUAGGCCCGAAGUACAAGCUCGGGAUUCUCCGAAUGAAGUUAAGGUCACUUGCCCAUCCGGAGAGGCCCCAGUUGUGUCGGUAUGAUCUUGUACUGAUGGAAAAUGUUGAAACAGUCUUCAAACCUAUUCUUUGCCCAAAGUUGCAGAUGUAACUGUUGCCGGGACUCGUAGGCACCAGUAACAUCAAGAAAGCUACAACUACAGGCUUUUUUAAAGCUUCACCUCACUUUUUCCGCAAGGCACAAAAAGUACGGAAUAACCAGGGAUUUUUCCAGCAGUGUCCCGGAUGUCACAUUGCAAAAUGUCAAACGAUCUUGGAUUAUAAAACAGUCCCGGGAAGGGAGCCCCUAAGUAGGGCAAGUCAGAAAUAGCCAGGCUCCGACAGCUCAGCGCCUUGUCUGGCUGUGUCCUGGGGCCUCGUUUGUUCCGACCUGUCGAUUCUGCUGUCUGUCACUCAGGCAGUUCUGCCCAUCAUGGCGGCCAGCCGGCAUCUUCAAGGAAAGGACUGGCUGGAGACCUCGCUUUGGACUCGACUCCACAGUCACUGUGCCAUGUUCCUCCAGGUCCCCACGUGCAAAAUGGAAUGGAAACUGACCUACCUCACAGGGCUAUUGUGUGGGUUUGGGAGGCAAGUCUGUGAAGGGUUCUUUGAAAUCCCAUGAGUGCCACAUCCGUGAGUGCUUUGAUAAAUGUGAAUAUGCUUUUAUUUAUUUUGAUAUAGCUUAUCUAAUAUGCAAUCAGAGAGCUUCUCCUUAUCAACACUAGCUUCUCUCUUGGGCUGUUUGCUCUCAGAAGGCAGGAAAGCCACACCCCUGGCUGCCCACCUUCUGUAAAGUGGGGUUGGUGCAGGAGGAGGUGGGGACAGACUGACAGCAAAGGAGUGGCUGCUGGGACUAGAUAGUAAGUGGAUGAGGGAAGUAGGGCAGAUGAAGCAGUGGCACAGCCUCGCUCACAGUGACAAGGGAUGGAGCGAGAGGCAGGAGAGAACCAGCAGAGCUUGUUUUUCACUUAAGGUGAAGAAGGAUCACUUUAUAGGCAACUCACAUUUUAAGCAAUUCUUAAGAAACAUUUCUUUUUCUUUGUUACUAAUGUAACCAUGAUUAUUGAAGGAAAUUUAGACAAUGCAUAGAUACAAAA